UGUAAUGUUGUCUCAUCAGACGCACACCGCCCACUGCUGUGCAUUAGCCUCCGCCAUUGGUCUCCACGACGAUCGGUCCUGAGCUGCCGGCAUUCAGCGACGUCCUGAAACCUUUAUAAGAUCGUUUUUCCAGCUGGUGGGGGGCCUACCCACUGAGCGUCAUCCGUUACGCAGUCGCCAUUCUAGAACCUUUCCGCCCCAACGGCAAUCGGUUCUUCUAGCAAUGUGUUCCGUCCACUGCCACUUCAGCUGAGCAAUACUUCGAGCAAUGUCAGUAACGUUGGCUGACAUUAAUACGUUAAUUUUAGCGCCAUCAGUGGCUUAUUAAUUAUGUAGGUACAAUAUGGUUAAUUAUGAAAACGGCAAGCAACUUCGAUCUCCUACUCGCGCGAGUCCUUUAUCGAAGAAUCCACAAUGCCAAAUACUACGAUGCCAAGUACUGUCAUGUCCACUACUACUAUGCCAACUUCUUCCGUGUCAAGUACUACAAUGCCGACUACUGCCAUGCCAACUACUACAAUGCCGACUACUAUCAUGCCCACUACUACUAUGCCAACUACUGCCAUGCCGACUACUAUCAUGCCCGCUACUGCCAUGCCAAUUACUACAAUGCCAACUACUACCAUGCCAGGCACACCUUUCGCCGAUCGUGCUCAUCUUACUGCGAUGGAUUUCUUUCUAUAUCCCGCGGCCUGGCGAAUGAGGUUACAUUAGUUAAGUAAGACCUAAAGAACAAUGGCCAUCUGCCUAACAUGCUUGGACUAGUAAAACCGAAGAAAACGUAACUUGAUGAAACAUUUGUUAUUUUGUUUGCCUAUGCAACUAGAACAAAGAAAGACAUUAAAUAUAUUUUUAAAAGCUGGGAGUAUCGAGUAAUUAUGUAAUAUGUUUUUGAGGUUAUGUCGUAUUAUUUAAACUGUAGCAUUUUGAGUUAGAGGUAUUACAGUUGAAAUAUGUAAAGCACACGU